AUGCUGUUGCCUAUAAGCAUACUACUCUCCCUGCUCGCCAUCCCGGCAUCGUACGCCUCGGCUGCUCCCCGCGAUGUGUAUGAGCCAGAUCAGAUCGCUCUUGGACCGUCUGAGGACGCCGGAGUAGAUUCAAAGUCUCUCCGUACAGACCAUGAGUUCUCACUUCGGCACGUCUUCCACCAUGGAACGUACGAAGACCCCUCGCUACAUAAACGCCUUGACGUCGAGUCGGACACGGAGCUGUGGAUGGAGUCAGAGGAUGGCGAGAGGAUAGAACUACCAAAGACCUUCCAUGCAUCGGGACAACCGGUCAGGAUCAGGCGACUUACCGAUCGACGGCCGGAAAUCAUGGAAGGCCGGCUCCACGCAGCUCGGAACCCGGGGCUUGCGAGCUUCAUGCCUCCAGCAGAAUGGACGAUAGAUGAAGUACCAGGCCCCGACGUCAGUGACAGACUGACAAUCCUCAACCUGGCGAAGAUGACCGCCAAUGCAUACAUACAGAAACCCGGGUCUGCAGAAUGGAUGAGUCUGGGACAUGCCCCAUGGAAACAUUCCAACAGAUUCGGGUGGGAGAACGAUGGUCUGCGAGGGCACAUAUACGCGGACAAGGGUAACGACACUAUAAUCAUUGCCCUGAAAGGCACCUCGGCAGCCCUGUUUGACGGCGAGGAGACCACGACCAAUGACAAGAUCAACGACAACCUCUUCUUUAGCUGCUGCUGCGGCCAAGGGGGCCAGUACUUCUGGCGGCAGGUCUGCGACUGUUAUACGUCCACGUUUACGUGCAAUAUUACCUGUGUAGCCUCAUCUCUUAGAUCCGAGAAUCGGUACUACAGAGCGGCUCUAGAUCUGUUCGCUAAUGUGACAGAGCUAUAUCCGACCUCUAACAUCUGGCUAGCCGGUCAUUCACUUGGCGGUGCGGUAUCAAGCAUGCUUGGAAGAACAUACGGGCUUCCUGCUGUGACCUUCGAAGCCGUUCCCGAAGCCCUCCCUAUUUCCCGCUUGGGGCUCCCUGUACCACCUGGCGGCGACCCGUUCGCCCCUGAAACCGAAUAUACUGGCUCCUUCCACUUCGGUCACACAGCUGAUCCCGUUUAUAUGGGCAGCUGUAACGGCGCAACGUCAAUAUGCACGCUGGGCGGCUAUGCCAUGGAAUCCGCGUGUUUUACUGGCAAAAGAUGCGUGUAUGAUACCGUCCAGGAUCUGGGCUGGCGUGUAGCUAUAGGCACCCACCGAAUCGUCAGCGUCAUCAACGAUGUGCUUAAGAAAUACGAUACCGUCCCGACCUGCAAACCGGAUAAAGCGUGCGUUGACUGUCCCAACUGGAAGUUCUUCCGUAGCAAUGGCACCGAGCGCACGACGACUAGAACGACGAGCACUACGUCGACGGCUACGAGGACUUCGACUUGCGAAACUCCUGGAUGGUGGGGAUGCCUCGACGAUACCACCAGCCAGACCACGCAUACGGCUACCACUUCGUCAACCUCUUCAACGAGUACAACAUCUACCUGCAAAACGCCCGGCUGGUUCUGGUGCAAGGACGAAAGCACUACAGCAACAAGCGUAACGACGACUCCGGCCACAACUUCCACGUCGACUACCACUACUCCCCAAUCGACAACCGCCACGACGACCUGUGAAACCCCAGGGUGGUUUGGGUGUAACGACUCAACCACGACGACGGUUAUAACGACCAUGAAUCCGUCGUCGUCAACGUCAUCUUCUUCAUCAUCGUCUUCUAGCUCAACCUGCAAAACGCCCGGUAUCAUAUGGGGCUGCAACGACGUUACUACUACCACCCCGGCGGGUACAUCGACCCCCACGCCCACGCCGCCCAUCGGCCCAACGGCGACCGCGUAG